GUAUUCAAACUUCUUAAAUGAAUAACGACAAUGGCUUCGGAUGGAAACAGUUGUUGCGGGAAAGAUUCAACAGAAGAAUCUUCACAUCCAUUUGGCGUGGAUGAUAUUUUGGUGAAGAUUGGACAAUUUGGAACGUUUCAACGAUUCAUUUAUGUCUUCAUAUUUAGCAUAGUUAUAUUCAAUGCAAUAAUAUCGGUGGGAUUUGCUUUUACAGCCAGUACAGUCGUUUAUAGGUGUCGAAUUCCAGAAUGUGACGGUUCAGAAAAUACUUACGAACAGCCAUGGACAAAGUUCUCUAUACCGAAAGCACCUAAUGGCAAGCUUGAUAAGUGUCAUCGAUAUGAGACGUUUAAUGCAACUAAUGGACAGAAUUUUUGUAAUGCUUCAGAGAACUUUGAUCAGGAAUCCGAAAUGCACUGUGGAAAUGAUUUCAUAUUCCGGGACAAGGAAUAUACCAUUUCAAAUGACUUCAAGAUCUUUUGUGCAGACGAAUGGAAACUCGCCAUGGUUGGGACAAUCAAUAAUGUGGGACAAUUUGUUGGGAUUCCAUUGGGUGGAUAUUUGUCUGACAAAUAUGGUCGUUGUGUUGUAUUAACAUAUGGAGCGUUUAUCAGUGCAGUUUUAGGAAGCGUGCGCUCUUUUGCACCAAAUUACUACAUUUUUGUGGUAUUAGGAUUUUUCGACAAUUUCUUCGGUGCCACUCUCUAUCCAACUGUUUUCAUUCUUGGCCUUGAACUUGUUGGGCCUAAGGUUCGAGUAAUUGCAUGCUCUCUGAUAUCAAUGUGUGGAGGAAUUGGAGGUUUCUUGCUUGCUUUGACAGCUAAAAACUUCCACAAUUGGCGAAUGAUUGAGCGAGUAUUUUACCUUCCCGCCCUCGGAUUCAUAGCUCUACCAUGGAUAAUGCCAGAAAGUUUUCGAUGGUUGCUUUCUCAGGGAGAGGAGGAGCGAGCUGUUGAAGUUCUUCGGAAAACCGCCAGAAUCAAUAAACGCAAAUUAUCCGAAUCGAGUGUUGAAAAAUUGCUUGAAGCCAAUAGACAAAGUCUUGGAGGUGUUGAAACAAAAAGUAGCGGAUUUCCUAUUGGUGAUGCUUUCAAAAUAUUUCCCUGGCGAAUUAUCAAUUGUUCAUUGUGCUGGUUCACUAACGUUAUGGUGUUCUUUGGAUUGAAUUUGAAUUUGGCCUUUCUCGGUGGAAAUAAAUACAACAGUUUUAUGUUUGUAACUUUGAUCGAGAUACCCGGGAUGUUGUUGCCAUUUUUGACCAUGGAUCGAUAUGGAAGACGAAGUUCGUUGUUUGGAUUCAUGUUGUUAAGUGGAAUUUGUAUUAUUGCAAUGACUUAUGUGGAUUCAGAAUAUGUUAGCCUUCAAUUGGUCCUCUAUCUUCUCGGAAAGAUGACUAUUUCUGCAUCAUUUCAAACUCUGUACUUUUUCACAUCGGAAAUAUUUCCCACAAGCGUUCGAAACAGUCUGUUGUCAUUUUGUUCGAUGGUUGGACGAUUCGGUUCGAUGGCAGCACCGCUAACCCCAUUGAUGGCCAACUACUAUGCAUCAGCACCUCAAAUUCUAUUUGCCAGCUGUGCUAUUCUAUCAGGAUCAAUGGCUCUGUUUCUUCCGGAAACAAAAGAUAUAGUUCUACCAACAACUUUGGAGGAAGCUCAAAAGAUUGGACAAAAAGAAACCAAUGUUGAACCUGAAACCGAAGAAAAACUCUUGGAGUCAAAAGUUUAG